AUGUCUCAAGAUGACCCCAUUGCCUCCACCUACAACAACACUCACCGCGCCUUUCUCCAAGCCCUUCUCUCAACCCAAACCAUCACUUACCCCACUGCCAAACCCCUCCUCGCCGCAAUCCUCACAGCCCAGACCCCGGACCGCCCAACCCUCCCCGAAGACAUCUCGCAAGAAGACUUCGAAACAUACAUCGACGCUCUGACCACCCAGAUCUCGCCCUUCGAUCUCGAGAUAAGAAGUACAGUCCAUCAAACCUCCAAAGAACGGAUAUAUGCCCUGGUGAACACUACGAGCGAUGCUUUGACCCAGAUGAGCACGACACAUUCAGCUGACGAAUUGGCCUUCCUGAAGCGGGUCUUGGAUGCCAUGUUUGAAACCUACAACACUCCCCGAGCAGAGAUCAUGGCGAUAAAGAGUCUGCAAGCCUUGAGACUCGCUCGGCCGAGUGGGGAGGAUAGAAGACGAGAGUCACAGGCAGCGAAUACGCAAGGGAAAGAUGCAGGACUGACGCAAGUGCAAGCUGAGAAAGUCAUGGGGACACUUAAAGAUGAGGGGUGGUUUGAGCUGAGUGCGAAGGGAUAUUAUAGUCUCUCGGCGCGCGCAUUGAUGGAGUUGAGAGGGUGGUUGGUGGAGAUUUAUAAUGAUCACGAGGAAGAAGAUGGUCAGGAUGAGGAUGAGGAAGCGGAGCAUGUCAAGAUCAAGUUCUGCACGGCGUGCAAGGAGAUUGUUACAGUAGGGCAGAGAUGUCCGGAUGUGAAUUGUCAGGGCCGGUUGCACGGUCAUUGUGUGAAGAAUAUGUUUCGAGCGCAGCAGGGAAGGGAACAGUGUCCGGUUUGCAAAGUUGUCUGGACAGAGCCGGGAGCGGUCGGAGAGAAGGCUGCGAGGGGUGAUGUCAGGCAGAGUAAUGGUGGAGGUGGUGGGAGGCAAAGUAAUGGUGGGGCGAGGAGGGAAGAAGUGGUCGACGAGGAGAGCGAUUCAGAGUGA